AUGGCACCAUCAGCCACCUCGCCCGUCAAGCCGGCGGCAGACUUCUCAGACGCUGGCUUCCUCUCCAAGACGAAGAACGUCAACUCUGUUGCUGCCGCUUCAUCAUCAUCCACUGCUGCUCCCGUCGACAUAUCGGCCGAUGCUACUCCCGCUCAAGUCGCCGCUGCUCGCAUCGAAGCCAUGGGUGACCCUUCAGAAGUGUACGGCAAGUUUGUCGGCGACGUCGACCUGGCCGAGGAGGAGGAGCCGCUGCUGGUAGAAAGCACGCGUCGCUUCGUCCUCUUUCCCAUCCGCUUCCACGAAGUGAGUGGAGUAGCCUGUCUCCCGCUCCGCUGCCCUGGCACAUUGUAGGCAUGAAUGCGCUUGCUUAUCCGCCCCCCCCCUCUCUCCUUCCUUGUCGUCGUCGGGCGACAGAUUUGGCAAUACUACAAGAAGGCAGAGGCAUCUUUUUGGACCGCAGAAGAAAUCGAUCUCAGCAAGGACCUGCAUGAUUGGGACAACAAGCUCAACGACAAUGAGAGGCACUUUGUCUCUCACGUGCUCGCCUUCUUUGCAGCUUCGGACGGCAUCGUGAAUGAGAACUUGGUGGAGCGAUUCUCGCAAGAGGUGCAAGCAGCAGAGGCCAGAUGCUUUUACGGUUUCCAAAUCAUGAUGGAGAACAUUCACUCGGAGACUUACUCUCUGCUCAUCGACACUUAUAUCCGCGAACCAGAGCAGAGAGAGUUCUUGUUUGAUGCCGUCGAGACGAUUCCCGUGGUCAAGCAAAAGGCUGACUGGGCACUCAGGUGGAUCUCCGACAGACGAUCUUCCUUCUCCGAGAGACUGAUCGCCUUUGCCGCCGUCGAGGGCAUCUUCUUCUCCGGAUCUUUUGCUUCCAUCUUUUGGCUCAAGAAGAGGGGUCUGAUGCCGGGACUGAGCUUCUCCAAUGAGCUCAUCUCCCGAGACGAAGGUCUUCACACCGACUUUGCCUGCCUGCUCUUUUCCCACCUCAAGAAGCGUGCCCAUCCAGACACGGUCAAGCGCAUCAUCACCGAAGCUGUCGAGAUUGAAAAGGCGUUCCUGACCGACGCACUGCCCGUCUCUUUGAUUGGCAUGAACGCCAACUUGAUGUGAGUAGUUCGCUUGUAGUCGCGCGUGAAAGCGUGUGAUGCAAUCAGCUCAUCCUCAUCCCAACCAUCUCUCCUUGACUUCAGGUGCCAGUACAUCGAGUACGUCGCUGACCAUUUGCUCGUGAAGCUCGGCAACGAAAAGUUCUACAAUGCCACCAAUCCCUUUGACUGGAUGGAGAACAUCAGUCUUCAAGGCAAGGUGAAUCUUUGUACGCUCAGAGAUUUUGGGUUCUGCUAGUACUGAAUUUCUGUAUCGCUUGCCUUUCACCCCAUCACAGACCAACUUCUUCGAGAAGAAGGUGGCAGAGUACUCCAAGGCUGGUGUCGGUAGAAAGGAGGGCGAAGAGGAGGGAGAUGGCACGCAAAAGAACGUCCACACAUUCUCCAUGGAGGAAGACUUCUGA